UUCCCUCUCCAGACAACGAAGCAUUUGUUGCGUUUCAAAUUGCCAAUCUCUCCUUUCACAACCCCCACACCCCCUCCCCCCUCAAAAAAAAAAAAAAUUCUUCUCCCCUCUCUAGCUUCCCACCUUGAUCUCAAACUCUCUAGAAAUGGCAUCCGGCAGUCCCGUCCAACAUGGAGGUGAUGACAAGCUAAGCACAACCACUGAUCAAAACUUUCUACAGAAGCACGUCUCCUUUUUCGAUCGGAAUCACGACGGCAUCGUCUAUCCAUGGGAGACAUUUAAAGGUUUUCGAGCAAUCGGGUGUGGUUAUGUCUUGUCUACAUUUGCUGCACUCUUCAUCAACAUUGGACUCAGUCGCAAAACUCGUCGUGGCAAAUUUCCUUCUUUAUUGUUCCCAAUUGAGAUUAAGAACAUCCAUUUUGCCAAACAUGGGAGUGAUUCCGGUGUAUAUGACACUGAAGGAAGGUUUGUUUCUUCAAAAUUCGAAGAGAUUUUCCUCAAGCAUGCGCACACCCAUCCCAAUGCUUUAACAUCAGAUGAAGUAAUGGCGAUGUUGAAGGCGAAUAGGGAACCAAAGGAUUUCUUAGGAUGGCUUGCUGGCUUUACAGAAUGGAAAAUCUUGUAUGUUCUUUGUAAGGACAAGAAUGGUCUGCUGCAGAGAGAAACAAUCAAAGCUGUCUACGAUGGAAGCCUCUUCGAGCGCAUGGAGAAGGAAAAGGAAUCUGCUAAGAAAAAUGCUUAAUUAAUUUGCCUUAACAUUCAACAUUAACAGACUUAUGGGGUUCUUCCUUUUAUUUGAAUUUUUUUUAAUUGGUCAAUAACAACAUUCAUGUAAGGAAAUGUUUGAAGAAAACAAGCUGAUAUUUGGAUUUUUUUUUUUUUUUAUCCUGACGCAGUGUGGUGUAAAAAACACUCUGUGGUGUAAAGAAAUGCUUGGUUGUGAAAAAUAAUGUUCUUGUGUUAUUCAUAAAGGCUUCCUGUAAUU